AUGAACAAGAUCUCUUCUGUCAGCCUACCAUGGAUACGGCAUCUGCCCAAGGCGGUGCCUUCAUGCCGCUGUAUCGCUAAACAGAGCUCUCCCGGCAAAGAGAAUGUAGUCAAACUGGAGCCAGAAUUCGAGGAUACCUCUAUCGACAUGUUUCGUAUACGGUCGUUUGAAAGCAAAAAACCUAUGGUCUUUGCCAGAGGUCACGGUUCUCCCACGCCUCUUCUUCCUGCCCUAGACAAGUGGUUCGCUAAGGACUCCCAAUACAACUCUAUGACACUCUCGAAGCACUUUGAUCAAUUUCACGGUAUUAUGGUACCAUAUGAAAUCUACGCCCCUACUUCUGCGCAACAAGAAAGUCUUAGGUUGUUUCGAGAGUCUCUUGAUGUAGAAGAAACGCGAGAUGAAGUUAUCGCAAGGUGCUGGGACCUAUCCUUUGUGGAUUCCAUAAAAGGCCAGGAGUUCUUUCAACUCCAUGCACCUCUUCGUCUCGUUGUCAAGAUACUAAAGUUCAACGAGGUUCUUCACGCAGGAGGUUUGCAGAGAAUUCCACUCUACAUUGCACAGUGUUCCAUCACAGAUCUUCCACCUGCCCUUCAAGAGGAUAUUCCAACGCCAGAAUUGGUCAAGCAUGCUGGGAAGGGAGACAUAUAUGGCUCCAGUAUAUGGCUUGGUAUAACCCCUACUUAUACGCCUCUGCAUCGGGACCCGAAUCCCAAUCUUUUUUGCCAGUUGUCUGGCACCAAAGUAAUCAGGCUCAUGACACCAAAAGUGGGAGAUUGGCUUUUCGGCAUGAUUCAGGCCGAACUGCACAGAUCGGGCAGCAGUCGUAUAAGAACGGAGGAGAUGAUGCAAGGCGAGGAACGGGACAAACUGCACAGUGCUGUUUGGUCAACUGAUCCCGAUAAGCCUGCGCCGCGUGGCACUCUUGAGGUAGUGCUGAACCCUGGAGAUGCCAUGUUCAUUCCUUCACAUUAUUGGCAUUCAGUCAAGAGCGUGGGAGAGAACGGGGAAUUGAAUGGCUCAGUCAACUGGUGGUUUCGAUAA